AUGACAACCCAUCAACAAAAGCAUACUGUAACACCAUCUGCAAAUGAAUCUAAUUCUUCAAGUAAUGAAGAUUCUACAACGGAUUCCUCCUCCUCUUCUGAAGAAGAAGAAGAAGAAGAAGAAGAAGUAGUGAUUACUAAACCCAUUUAUAUUUCGAAAUCCAUUAGAAAUAAAAAUCAUUCUCUUAAUAGUCAGACUCAUAAAGAAUCAAAUCAAAAAGAAGGACAAUCAGAAGAAGAGAAUAGUAGUGAUUUAAAUGAAGAUAUCAAUAAGAAAAAACAAAUCACAAUAUCAAAACUAGAUCAUCAAAUAAUUCAAGUAAUUCCAGAAGUUAAUGAUAAUAAACUUGAAUUUGAUGGAAUUAAUGAUACUGAUGAUAUUAAUCCUGAAUUAGAAUAUGAAAAUUGGAAAAAAAGAGAAUUGAAUCGAUUUAAACGUGAUCAAGAUAUAAUUAAACAAAUUGAAUUAGAAAAAGAAGAUCAAUUACGUAGAAAAUAA